GUUGAUGCUUGCUCGAACCUCUCAGUCUCCAGCGUAAGUGGAUUCAGACCAAGCUGUGAUAUGCUGACUGUGUGUGCGUGAUGGAGAGAUUGAACAAGCAAUGGCUCCUGAUGUCAGUCCUGCUUGGCUGUAUCCAGGCAGGUACCAGCCAGACAUCUUACUGUAACUUCUCAGUCCCUGGCAGCAUCUAUGACUACCAGGCGAUAGCCCUAAAUGGGAGCAGGAUCAUCCCCUUAAGCGAAUACGCUGGGAAAACCGUGCUGAUCGUCAACGUGGCAACGUUCUGAGGACUGACACAACAGUACGUUGAAAUGAAUGCACUACACACACAACUGAAACCCUAUGGCUUCACAAUCCUCGCCUUCCCUGCCAAUCAGUUUGGAAAACAGGAACCAGGAACCAAUGAAGAGAUAUACCCCUUGUUAAAGUAUGUCCGCCCCGGGGGAGGUUACGUACCAAACUUCCAGCUGUUCCAGAAGGGCGACGUGAAUGGUGAUAACGAACAGGCCCUAUUCACCUAUCUGAAGCGCGCCUGUCCUCCGGUGGGUGAAAGUUUCGGAGACCCCGACAUGCUGUUCUGGCAGCCCAUCAAAAUCUCCGACAUCAAGUGGAACUUUGAGAAGUUUCUCGUUGGUCCGCAUGGAAAACCUGUCCAACGCUGGUACCCCCGGAUACCCAUGUCCGUAGUCAAGAGGGACAUCAUCCAGUACAUGCAUAGCCUGCACCUCCAACAAAAGUCCGGCUAAACGCUGCUCAACACACUUUGCUCGUGUCAUUGAACGAUGGUUCGAUUUAGCUCAGCGAGUUUUUCUCCCAUUACUUCACCUCACCUCCCACCUUCUUCACCGCUCUCUCUCUCACUUCAUCCCCACCACCCAUCCCUCUCCCCCUCCCAUCGCCCCACUUCUCUCUCUCGGUCCCCCUCCACUCCCCUCUCCUCACUACCUUCCACCCUUCAUCAGUCUAUAUUUAAUCCUGUCCUUCUUCCAACCUUAGGUCCCAAUCUCCCCUCUCUCCCUCUUCGUUUCCCUUCCAACUCUCUACUAUCCUGCUCUCCAUUUCCCCGCCCAUCUAUCUGUCCUUUCCCUUCCAAGCUCCCCUUCCCCCUCCGUACUUCUUUCUCGUCGCCUCCAUCCCUUCUGCACGAUCAUUCCACUUUAAGCCCCUUUCCUAUCUACUGCACCUCCUCCUUCCCUCCCUCCCUCCUCCUCCUGCCCCUCACCCCCCCCCCCCCACAAUGAACUGAUGCACCCACCAACCGGGGAGUCUCCCGUCACCUUGGGAGAAGAUUCCUCCCCCAAGUAUCACACUCCCUCGGCUAAAUCCAACCAUCAUCAGACACACGAGGAACGUAUAGAGUUAGCUGCUUUCACUCUUUGUCUCCGAGCUCCCACGUAAGCCCCAGGGUGGGGAAGGGGUUGGAACUUGACGAGAAGACAACUGCAGGAUGACGAUCAGAUCUACAAGCAGCCUCGGCGGCCAGUUCUGGUUUGAAACUGUGCCGAGUUCAGGUCCGGCUCUUGUGCAUUCGGGCUGCCUGCUACUCAGCACGGGUCACUCUGUCUCUCCGUCUACUGCAGCUCCACCCCCACCUGUCGCAACCCAGAAAGCUCAUCCAACAAUAUCCAACAAUAAACCACCUUUUGCGAACCUGA